ACUUCCAAGCUGAGGGGAGGGGGGUGGUGGUGAUUGAGGCUGUCUCUCUUCCUUCCUCCCUUCCUGCCCAGGUCCGGGCGGGAGUCUGGCUUCUUAUGGUGUCUCCCGUUCUUAGACGUAGAGACGCGAGACGAGCCAUCUGUUUUCAAUAGGUUUCUACGCUGCUUUCCCCCCGACACCCCUUCCCGCCUCCCCCCCGCUGCCCGGUUGCGGAGUGCGGAUUGGUACGGCCCCGCCUGGCGGGAGGAGGGAGCGCGGCCGUCUCUACCGCGGCGUCUGCUGCUGGUGCUGGUGCUGCAGGCAGAGCGGGAUCCCGCGCGUCCGUCCGGCAGCGCCUCGGUGUCGGGGGCUGGAGGUGCAGACCCCUCCCCUCUAUUCAUUUCGCCUGGCGGCAACAGGCGUCACAUCGGUGAGAAAACAUGAGCCGAGAUUUCAAACCCGGAGACUUGAUCUUUGCCAAGAUGAAGGGUUAUCCCCAUUGGCCAGCCAGGGUGGAUGAAGUUCCUGAUGGAGCAGUAAAGCCUCCUACAAAUAAAAUGCCUAUUUUCUUUUUUGGAACCCAUGAGACGGCUUUUCUGGGACCAAAGGACAUAUUUCCUUACUCUGAAAAUAAAGAUAAAUAUGGCAAACCAAAUAAAAGAAAGGGUUUUAAUGAGGGGUUGUGGGAAAUUGACAACAAUCCCAAAGUGAAGUUCUCUCAUCAGCAGUCCCAUCCAGCUGUUAACACUCCUAUCAAAGAAACUGUUCAAGAAAGCAGUCAGGAGCCUGCUGAGGGGAGCGAAGAAAAAGCAGGAGCCAAGAGAAGAAAGUCUUCUGUCCCAAAAUUGUCCCCUAAAGGGGAUAAUAAUAUGCCUACAGAAGCUGAAACAGAAGAAAAGGAGAUGGAUACUUCAAAGGAAGAUGAUCUGCCUUCUGACAAAACCAGUAAAGAAGAUGUGGUGAAAACAAGUGAUGCUUCUCUUCCUAAAGUUGCUAGAAGAGGAAGAAAAAGAAAGGUUGAAAAACAAGGUGAAACUGAGGAAGCAGCAGCAGCAGUGGCAACAGUGGUGGGAGGUGCAGCUCCUAUGCCAGCAUCUCCAAAAGUAAGCCCCAAAAGAGGAAGACCAACAGCUUCCGAAGCUAAAGUUCCAAAACCAAGAGGGAGACCCAAAUUGGUGAAACCAUCUUGUCUUUCAGAGAGUGACUCUGUUAAUGAGGAGGAGAAGGCAAAGAAAAAGGGCCCAGAAGAAAAGCCCAAAAAACAAGGGAAAAAAGAUGAAGAAAGUCAGAAGGAGGAGGAGAAAUCAAAGAAAGAAUUUGACAAAAAGGAAGGAAAGAAGGAGGCUGAACCAAAACGGAAGAAUACCGCAAAAGUUGGCUCUGCAUCAGCUUCUGAUUCUGAAGGUGAAGGAGAAGAACAAGAAGGUGACAAGAAGAAAAAAGGGGGAAGAAGCCUUCAGUCAGCUCAUAGAAGAAACAUUAUAAGAGGCCAGCAUGAUAGAGACGCAGCGGAAAGAAAGCGUAAACAGGAGGAGCAGACAGAGUCUGACUCGCAGAGUAAAGAAGAAGGCAAGAAAACAGAAGCUAAGAAGAUGGAGAAGAAGAGAGAGACAUCAAUGGAUUCUAGGCUUCAAAGAAUUCAUGCAGAAAUUAAGAACUCCCUGAAAAUUGAUAAUCUUGAUGUGAACAGAUGUAUCGAGGCUCUUGAUGAGCUUGCGUCCCUUCAAAUCACAAUGCAACAAGCUCAGAAACAUACAGAGAUGAUUCUGACUCUAAAGAAGAUACGGAAGUUCAAAGUUAGCCAAGUUAUCAUGGAAAAAUCUACAAUGCUAUACAACAAGUUCAAGACCAUGUUUCUGGUUGGGGAAGGAGAUUCUGUUCUUUCCCAAGUACUAAAUAAAUCACUUGCUGAGCAGAAGCAGCAUGAGGAAGCCAACAAAACCAAAGAACAGUGGAAGAAAGGUGCAAGCAAAAAACCAGAAAAGGACCAGACAAGUUCAAAGGUUCUGAAUGGAGGGUGUGAGGCUCAAGACACCAGCCAGGCACCAAAUGCUGGAGAGAACACUGAGGAAAAGAAAGAUAAGCAUGAAGCUGGCAGUAAGAAAAAGGCUGGUGGUGAAGAGAAAGAGCUUGAAAAACCAGCAAAAGAUUCUGCCUUUGAAGGCAAAUGACAUCACCGGAGGCUUUUUUAAAAGUACAAAUUAAAAGAGAAUUGUUACGUUUUGCAUUUGAAAUCUAUAGACUGCUGAAAGUUUUAAAUAAUUUUAUAAGCAUAGUAUUUUAAAGUUAAAUUUUGUGGAAUAAGAGCCCCUUUAAUCUUGGUUUAAAAGUAUUUAAACACUUUUGCCAAUAGUUUGUCCAGUAUUAACAGGUAGCACAUUUCAAAAUAUUAAAAUUACAGUUAGAAAGCAAAAUGCUUACAUGUUACAGGUUUUAGAGCUGUAGUAUAUUUUUACCUGACUCCUGUAUGUUUGCCUAGCUAAUAGCAGGAAAAAGUGUAAAUACUUUUAACUGCCCAGUUGCUUCAUUUGUAUAAAACCUCUGUUCCUAUGAUACUGACCUCUGUUUGUGCAUAGGUUUUCAACUCUUGUUGGGGAUGUCUUUUCACUGUAUUUUGUAGGAGUUGAAAACUGCAUUUUUAUAGCUGUUAUAAUGUUAAUGUACGAGUAUACUUAACUUUUUUUAAACAAGGUUCUGUUCUUGCAAGACUCAUUGUGCCAAUUUGCAAUGUGACUACAGUAUGCUUUUGGUAUAAUAAGUAUGCUAGAAAGAAAUGUGGUGUUUUCACAUCAACAAUCUGUUGAUGCACCUGUGGAAAACACUGGCUUUAACAACUGCAGAAUUAAAGAACUCAAACUGUUAA